AUGCAGGAACCCAAGUCCAGUGAUCCGGAAUAUCCCUUCUGUCAGGCCUCGGACAAUCCCCAGAACUUUUCGAGUCGACUACAGUAUAAACACCCAGAGAAUUGUCCUGCCCGCCCAACCAUGGCCCGCAGCGAUUCUCAUGAUACUGACGCUUUCCACAUAUUUCCAAUGGAGGUGGAUAAAGAACACCCGACAGACCCGUCAACCUCAGCAUGCAAGAUGUUGGAAACUUUCUCCGAUAAGGACACUGCCAACCGCCAAGGAAUGCCCGACAUGUUUAAUGAUGCAUUUGUUUUUGAAAAAUGGUAUGAGAGCACAAUCGGACCUUGCGGUAAAUCAGACCGAGAUACUCCGUCUCCGGCGAGACCGGGAAACACCACCCUCGCUAUAUUGAAUGAGAAAAGCUUAUCCGAACGCAAUAGUCGCGGUCCUGUCGAGGCUAAACCAGCGUGGAAACCGCCAAGGCCCCCUAAACCGCGAUUCUUAGCACACCUUGACAUUGCCGGCUCCGAGACAUACGAAAAUGCAACCCCGAGUCCGAUGCCUGCCUUGAGAGACGAUCACGUGGAUCACAAAUGGCUAGCACCUCCCAGAGCUCAGAUGUCCACUCCCCAGGGCUGUUCGAGGUCUCGUAUUCGAUUGGCCAACCGAUCAAUAUUGCUACAAGGUAUGGACAACGAUAUCGGCAAGCGACACAGAGGACCCUGGAGUGACCCCAAGUUCGGCCCAUCCCGAUUCCUGUCCCGGCCUGCCAAACGUGGCACAAAGCCUUACCACGUCAAGAACAAUCUGAGCCAGCCGUUCCCCGCCCCCUUGCCUUCAAUUGACGGCUUGCCAUUGCGCCAGGAUUUAAGGAUUGCUAAGUCGAGGUCUGCCAAGACAUGCGUCCGAAACCCCAGUAACGCCUUGUUAAGCCCCCAAGAGGUACCAGACCCAAACCUGAAGCGUAUAGGGAACUGGCUUGAGAAGCCACUUAGCUGGAUUUCCCAACUGUUACAGCCAAAAGAACGAGGUGUUAUCAGUAUAAUCUUGAUUGGACAGCAACCAUUUCAGCACCCACGUUCCGGAUUUGCAUCAUACGAACUCAUUGGAGCUUCCGCGUCGGAGUCUAUUGACACACACCAAGGGCAAGAGCUCAACCUACCUGUUUCUUCAUAUGAUGCCACCCGCCUCUUUCGGGCCGAUAUUACAAUGCCGUAUCUCGCUAUGCGGCUGAUCUUGGGUUUAUGUAACGUCUUGCGGAGCCUGACACACAGAGAAGUCGUGGCUAGCUUUGUGCACCUCUUUGUGAGAUUCAUCGGACUUCCAGUAUUGUAUGUACUAGAGAGGUUCAGCGUCAACUUCUCCAUUCACCAAAGGGAGUCUGAUACGACCCAGAGCGCAAGAGACCAACAUGCGGCUCUUUGA